AUGCGGAUCGUUUCAACAGUUAUCGGUGAUAUUGUAAAUAGUGAUGAAUUAAUACAACCAGAUUAUUGGAUCGAUCAUCUUCAACACACUGUGUUAUUUGGACCGUCUAUUGAACGUUUAUCACUGGAGGAACAACAAACCCUCUUAUUUUUGGAAGUCGGCCCUGGAAAAGUCUUAACCGCUAAUGUUCGACACAUAAAACCGGACGCACCUGUCAUUUCCUCGCCGUUAGCCCUGAAUAAUUCAAUAAAAUUUUUGCGUUGUUUGGGCUCCCUAUGGUCAUUUGGUGUGCCGGUUUCAUGGUCAGACUAUUUUCAGUAUAAGAAUAAUUUAAGGCCCACAGAGUUAGAUGAACAAUCGAAUUUAUUUCAACGUAAUGAAAAAUUACUGCCGUCUGAAAAUAUUUGUCUGUCGCAUGGCGAAACGACAGCAACACUUAAAAAUUAUCUUCAAAAAGAAAAACAUCGGAACGUAACUUUAAAAAUGGAUCGUGAAAAAAAAGUUCCAUGGAAAGCGAAAAAACCUCCGGCUUUUAAAGAGGAUGCUUGUGAAAUUAGGCUACUUGAUUUUAAAUUAGGAGAUGUUCGAUUAACAGGCUCAAAUUUGCAGUUGUCUGAUCAUGUACUACCCCUUGGAUUUGCAAGUUCUGCAUUAACAAGAGCCUUGUAUUAUGAAGCCGUACAGACAAAUAUGCUACAGGAAGAUGCAAAACUUAUUGAUGUACUUCCAGAACAAAGUCUUCAUGAUGUACCGUUGGAAGUGCAACGUAUAGCGAUUAACGAUUUAGCGUGUCACAGCAGCGGACUGCCAGAUUAUGCUAAACAAAAUUGUAAGUCACCUAACGAUUUGUUAUUGGCGCUGAAAACGUUAGACAAUCUAUCAACGGAGAAACCAAGUAUUUUGGCUAUCUCAUUGUUGGGACAUGCGCUCGCGGCUCUUCACGAUACAUCGUAUGACGAUUUGUUUCAAGAAAAGAUUGCUGGUCCAUUAGAACUAUUCAAUACGUGCGUAAAUUACGGUCUGGAAACUUAUUAUCCGGCUUGUGGUAUUCAAAGUACACUUGAUGAUAUGAGUAAACUUUUAAUGAUACUCUAUUGCAAUGAAAAUCAUAGUUGUACUACGAUUAUUCAAGCGCUUCGAAAAAGUUUCAGUGACGAUAUCGCACGAUUUUCAGAGCGAAUCCAAGAAUUGACUACUGAUAGUGCUCCGGUAAAAGCACUAAAUAACAUUCAAAAUUAUACUCUUGAUAAAACAGCAGGAAUGCCAAAAGUAUACGAAUCAAUCCGCGAAAAAUCAUUAGAAGUUUUAUUACAAUUUAUUUCAAUUUCAAAGCAGCAGUUGUUAGAUGAAUUGCAUCAAUAUGGCGCACUGCUAUUCUGUGGUUUUGAUGUCAUAACAGCCGAACACUUUUCAAGGGUUGUAGAAUCAUUUACUGAUAGUAAUAAGUCAUUUCUAGACUAUCGUGAUGGUAUAUCACCAAGAACACGACUUACGACAAAAGUAUUUAUAUCAAUGGAAUAUCCAAAGCAUGUUAAUAUGUCAUUGCACAAUGAAAUGUCUUAUUCCACCAACAUGCCGUCAAUAAUAUUUUUCUUUUGUGAAAUUCCGCCUGUUGAGAACACUGGUCAAACACCAAUCGGCGAUUCACGAGCGAUAUUCGAAUCGGUUGAUCACAAUAUACUUACCGAAUUUAUUGAGAGAAAGUUAAUAUACAUGACAAAUAUGCCUAGUCGCAACAAAGGAUUAGGCAAAUCAUGGCAAGAGACAUAUCAAACAGAGUCGAAAGAAGAUGUUGAAACAUUCUUAAAAGAAAAACACAUCGAUUUUACAUGGCUACCGAACGAUCGAUUACGUACAAUUCGAAAAGUAGAUACUGUUAAAAAACAUCCAAUCGGUGGUGAUUGGCUUUGGUGUAAUCAUGCGCAUUUAUUUCUUCCAAGUGAUCUAGAGCUAUCAGUUAGACACACAACUGAAAAGCGUCCUGACCCAAUGGAUAUGGCGAAAAAUUGUUUUUUUGGAGAUGGACAAAUGAUACCUGACAUUUACUCGACACAUAUCAGACAAAUAUUAAAGGAGCAUCAAAUCCAAUGGUCGUGGCAAAAGAGCGAUGUUCUAAUUUUGGAUAAUUUAGCAACAGCACAUGGGUGA